AUGGAAAAAAGUUCACUUCUUUCGGCUUUAGCUGAUAAUACACUUGUUAAUAUUAUCGAAAGAAAUCGAUGUAUAACUGAAAAUAUUGAAUAUCCUCAUGAAGAAAUGAUUCAUAAAAACUUGCAAAAACUUGAAACUGGAAUUAAAGAAUUGGAUCGAGAAUUAUCAAUUGCUGAGGAGUCAGGGACUCUGAGUUCCAAGAAUCUCAAAGGAAAAGAAGAUGCACUUAUCAAAUUAAAAAAUCAAUAUGAAAAUUUGGAAACUUUGAUCCAUGAUAAAAAUGAUAACCUUAUUUCUAAUAGGAAAUCAUUGUUUGAACGUGAUAAUAAUAAACCUCAAACCUCAACUUCUAAUCAAACAAUAAUAAAAACCGAUGAUCUUGAUAAUGCUCAAGUUUUACAAUUACAAGAGAGAAUUAUAACUGAUCAAAAUUUAGAUAGAUUAGAUGCAGCUAUAGAACGUCAACGAGAGUUAGGUUUGAUGAUAGGUGAAGAAUUAGAUUAUCACAUAGAAUUAUUGGCAGAUACAGAAGAUAUGGUGGAUAAUACUGAUGGAAGAUUAAAUAGAGCAAAGAGAAGUCUGGUAAAAUUUUCUAAAGAAUCAAAAAAGAAGGGUUCAGCUUGUGCAGUCAUUCUUUUAAUGCUUAUUUUAUUCUUAAUCUUAAUUAUCCUUCAUUCAUAA